AUGGCGGCUGAAGUCGACCAAGCAUCGCAGAGGGUCGCCUCUGAGGAGAAACAUGGCAUGGAAGAAGGAGGAAAACAUGAGAAGAAUGACGCCGACAGGGGCGAAGGGAGUAUCACGACGGCUGAAGAAACCACCAUCGCCAAGACGACGACGCCCAUGCGCAACAAGGCCCAGACCUCGAUGCUCAUGUUCGCACUCUGCAUCGCCGUGUUCCUCGCGGCUCUCGACGCCGUGAUCAUCACGACCGCGCUGCCGACCAUCGCCCGAGAAGUCGGGGCAUCGGACUCGGGGUUCGCGUGGAUCGGCGCGGCGUAUCUCCUCGCCAACGCCGCCUCGGUGCCGUUCUGGGGCAAGGUCAGCGACAUUUUCGGACGGAAGCCGAUUCUCAUCAUCGCCAACGUCACCUUCAUGGUCGGGAGCCUGGUGGGCGCGCUCGCGGGGUCUCUUACGAUGCUCGUGGCAGGAAGAGCCGUGCAGGGGCUGGGCGGAGGCGGGUUGACGGCGCUGGUGAACAUCAUCAUCGGUGACCUCUUCAGCCCAAGAGAGCGCGGCGCGUACUUUGGCGUUAUCGGCGCCGUAUGGGGGCUGGCGAGCGGCAUCGGCCCGCUUGUUGGGGGCGGGUUGACGGAGAACAUCUCGUGGAGGUGGUGUUUCUGGAUUAACCUGCCCCUCUCUGGCGUUUCCCUGCUCAUCCUCGUCUUCAUACUCAAGAUUCACACUCCCAAGACGCCGCUUGUCAAGGGUCUCAUGGCGAUCGACUGGCUUGGUUCCGUCACGUUCACGGGAGCGACAUUGAUGUUGCUUCUCGGGCUGCAGCUCGGUGGGCUAGAGUAUGCCUGGAAUAGCCCUGCCAUAAUCUGUCUUAUUCUCUUCGGCUGUCUCGGGUUCGGGGUCUUCGUGCUCGUCGAGAGGUUCCUGGCGAAGUACCCCCUGAUGCCCCGGUCUCUCUUCAGCGAGGUCUCGGUGGUGUUCUGCUACGUCGCCUGCUUCUGUCACGGCCUCGGCUUCGCGGCCAUCGCCUUCUUCCUCCCGCUAUAUUUCCAAACAGUUCUCGGGGCGGGGCCGAUCCAGUCUGGGGUUUGGCUGCUCGCCACGGCCCUCCCGCUGGCGUUCUGCACCAUUGCAGCCGGCGUCACGAUCAAGAAGACGGGGCGGUACAACGAGAUCAUUCGCGCGGCGAUGGCUCUGACGACGCUGGCGUUUGGGCUGUUCAUCACUUUACCGGCGUAUCGGAACUGGCCGAAGCUCAUCCUCUUCCAGAUUGUCGCCGCGCUGGGCAUAUCGCCGAACCUGCAGGCGUUGAUUAUCGCUCUGCAAGCGCUGGUCAGACAGCAGGACGUGGCCGUCGGAACGGCAAUGUUUGCGUUUGUCAGGCACAUUGCGCUCGGCAUCGGCGUUGUCGUUGGUCAGGUCAUCUUCCAGAGCGUAAUGAGACAACACUCGGCGACGUUGGUUGGCGCUGGCAUCCCAGAAGAUGUAGCUGGAAAGUUCACGAGUGGAUCAGCAAUUGCGGCUCAUGGCUUGCUUGAGAGGCUUUCAAGGAUACAGCAGACUACUGUGAGGGCGGCUGUAACGGAUAGUAUAAAUAAACUGUGGAUUUUCUUUUGUGUUGCGUCGGGAAUCGGGUUUGUCUCGACGUUCUUCAUUCGGCAAAUUGAGUUGACUCAGAAUCACAUUGAGACGAAGACUGGAUUGGAUGCCGAGGAAGCCAAGACUUCUGAUAAAGGGCGGGAGAAGUUGGUCGGAGAGGAUGUUUGA